AUGAACAACAAUAGUAACACUAAGUUGGAUAUUCUUCCAAAACUUAUGACUUCUCAUCAUAAACUUCUUGAGCCAGCUUAUCUGAAGAAUACUCAAUUCAAAAUUAGCCAAAAUGAGAGCAAAUUGUUACCUCUCAUUCAGAGGAGUUCCAUGAUGUAGCCUAACUAAAGUUCAAAAUAAUUAAUCGUUUAGAGUAAAUAGAAAUUUAAUCUUAGGGUUGAUAAGCAAUUUAGAAUUUAGUUCCAGGCAUUUUGGAGCUGCCUGUGAUAGAGGCUUUUAGGGGUUAUCAAAAUAUCACUAUUCUCAAAAAUUUGGUCAUUCCGCUGUACGAUUGGAGCCACUUAACAGAAAUGUUAUUGCAGAACUCACUGAUGCAGAGGAUACUGAAGAAAUUCCAAAGGAUGAAAGGACCUAUUAUAAAAGAAUAUAUAAAUUUAAGAACAUGCCAAUUUUAGCAUUAAUCAAGUCUUUUGAGAUAGAAUGGGUAAGAGAGUUUGAAGAUGAAGUUAAUAAGAAAUCCACCAAAUCAUUGCAAUUAAGUUUUUAAACUGCCCUUGCAAUAUUUAAUACUUACCCUGAUCCAUUGGAAUUUUUCCAAAAAAAUCUGUAAUUGCUUGAGAGAAGUUCAGUUGCUUUAAAACAAAAAGGAUUGACUUAAUUAAAAUAUAAAGUGAAGAAUUUUGACGAGGAUGAAUUUUAGAGGAUGAUUGUCAUAAAAAAUUAAUCAGGUUAAGGAUACUUUAGAAUUUAUUUUCCAACAAUUUAACUUUAUUUGUAAGAAUACUCUCAUAAUUAAACAAUUGAUUUGUCACCUCUUAGAUUAUAUGAAAUCGUAAAGAAUAAUUUUUUUGAAAUGGCCUCCAUAGUGGAAUAAUUUGAUUUUGAAAAGUUUAAACUGUAUAUCCAAGAUUCAGAAAACAAGGGAAUUCUAGAACAAUUAGAAGAACAAACAAGCUAAAGAAAUGAUAACACGUAAAAGGUUGAAACACCUUAGCCAUAGGAGAUAGCGUAAUAAUCAUUAAAAUAAGAUAACGAACUUGAACAAACUGUUGAUUAAUAAUAAUAAAAAUCAUAAGAACAAGCAUAAUUAUCAGAAUUGAAUUAACAAUAAUAAGAAUCUACAUAAUUAGAAUCAACAUAACAAUAAUAAGAAUCAACAUAAUAAUAAUAAUAAGAAUCAACAUAAUAAUAAUAAGAAUCAACAGAACAAUAAUAAGAAUCAACAGAAAAAUAAUAAGAAUCAACAGAACAUUAAUAAGAAUCAACAUAGUAAUAAUAGGAAUUAAUAUCAUAAUAGUAAUAAUAAGAAUAAUAAUAAGAAUAAGAAUAAAAAGAAUAGUAAUAAAAAGAAUAGUAAUAAUAGUAAUAAUAAUAAUAGUAGUAGUAAUAAUAGUAAUAAUAAUAAAAAUAAGAAGAGUAACAAAAAUAAUUAGAAUAAGUUAUUAUCGGCAAUCCUGUUAACACUGAUAUUAGCAUAAUUAUUAUUGAGGGUAUUAGUAAUUGUAUAUUUAGAAAAACAUGAGUUUCCAGACUAGAUUCUAUAAAGGAAAUGGAUCAAGAAGGUUGUUCAAAAAGAUAAUACAUAUUACACUGUUGAUUUCCUACCUUUUUAAAUUUUAUUGAGAGAAAAGAGAUCAUAAAAAAUCAUCAAAAUGUAUUCUCCAUCCUUAAAGGAAUUGGAUUUUAUUAUAUUCUAAUUAAACAAUAAAAGCUUGCUUGACAUAUUAAAUGAUAAUGUGAAGACAACUUUUGAUAUGCCUCCCGAAGCAUUUGAUUAUAAAGAAUUUAAAAAAGGAUCUAAAAUUUCAUUCCUUUUAGAAGAAAUUGCAGAAAAGCCUCUUGAGAUUACUGAAGAAUAACUUAAUAACGGUUUAUUGAGUUCAUGGACAAAAGAGAUUGAAGUGAACAAUAAAGAUUUGUAAAUCAUAAUAGAGUACAAAUAUGAUUAAAUUUAGACCUUGUAUGCUCGAAAUCUAUAAUUAACUAAAAUGCAGUACAAUCAAACGACCAUGCACUUCAAAAGAAUUAACACAUAUUCUAACGAAAAGAUAUUCAAUUGGGUUUAGAUUAAUAUGA